AUUUGUUAUCAGUACCCAAACAAGAAUUCAUCGGUUCCCAUCGAAACCAGCUGCUCAUUCCCAGAAAACCUUUGUUUCAAAUUUGACAAAAAAACGGAGGAUAACGAACAAGUCACCAUUCAAGGAUGUAUAACCGCUGAACAAUGCAGACAGUUUGAUGACGAACAUUUGCAAUGUUGUGAGGAAGAUCUUUGUAAUAGUAGUAAGUGUCAUGGUUAUAGAAACGCAAAAAUUUAUUUAUUUAGGCGCACUCUAAGAUUUUGACAAUGUUCCAAACCAGAGACAAGUUGGUUCAAAGUUUUUGAAUCAUGAUGAUGAGAAGGAGAAAACUGAUCGGAAAGCAAAUAUGGUGUACUCCUAUGGAAUUUUUUUUCUUUAUUUUGAUUAUGAUGCUUCUAUUUCGCAACUUGUAAGUCUUCGGCCAAUCUCAGCUACGGCAGGAUAAAAAUAGGUGGGUGUCAAAAGUUGUUCAGUGAUGACACAGAGGGUUCUUCGUGAUACACUGUAAGUCUUUGGCUAUUUGGAUUUGUGCUAACCCAAUUUUAAGGUAACGGACUAAUUUCAUUAGGUGUUUUUGCCAUACUUUGUGGUUGCACAAAAUCAAAGGGAAUUUCCAUGUAGUUCCUUUUUUUGUGUAAAUGCCUUCGCAUUAUGACUGGAUCUUAUAAUUACAGAGGACACGAGUAUACAAGCUCAGUUAGCCAGGUAAGAUCCGCUUUUGUCCUCGCCGAAGCGCAGUGGACAAGUUCCACUGUCAACAAGUGACAGUGUAGUAAGAGAAGAGGUUUUAACACUAUAUAAGCUCUAACAUGCCUGUACCCCUUUUAACCUGACCGCAUAUUUUUGGAAAAAACUUCCUCAUUUCUAUUUAUAGUACAGUACCUUUGAUCACAGUUUGAUAUAUUUAUUUUAUUUGCAGUCAUAGAAACCAGGACUUCCGCAUCUGCAUCAGAAAAUUCCACUGUCAUUAACAAAGCUAUUUACAUUUCACUUGGUGUCACGUCCGCUAUUUUGCUGUUGUCGGUCGCUAUUUUCUUCUGGUGCUACAGAAAAAGAAAGGCAAAGACUAUUGAAAGGUUUGUGGAGCUCUGCUAAUGCGUAGCUGGCGUUUUUUUUGUUUGCUUCUUUUUUCUUUUCAGAGGUUUGGUAAAGUAAGAGAUUCAGCCGGGCGAAAGCUGAACCGAGGACGAAAAAGAAUUGAUAGGGAAGGGGGCGAGGGGAGAAGUAGGUGAGAAAAACCUCCUGUAUUCAACCCCUUGAGAUUUUUAAAACGCCUCUUUUUGGCCCUCCAGAAAGUGUGAAAGGAUGAUGUGACAUGUUUUAAGGUCUGACGUCAUGCAACCGACAAAAUGUCGCGCCAAUGGUUUUUUGUUUACGAUCUUUUAAUGUCUUUUUUUUACUAGCGCUUUCCCGGUAAUUAUUCUCUCCCCUCGCCCCAUCCCUCAUCGUUUUCUGUUUCGACCUCGGUUCAGCCGUGUUCACGCGGCUGUAACUCUUAUAUUACUUUGCAAACCACCAAAUAAAAAAACACACAAAGGAAUCUCCAGCUAUGCUAGCUUCAUAAAUACAGAAAUAAAUCUUACACUAAGGAAAGCUUUUGCUUUGUCUUUUGAUCUAAACGUAGCGAUUAAUCUUCGCUCCCCGUGACGUUAUUGGCUAAAUUACAUCACGUGUCAACAAAACCGACGUAGUGCACCUGCCAAGAUGACAGAUAACUUUAACUGGAAGUCUUAUGAAAAAUAAUCAAAGAAAUUUUUUCAUUCUCGAAUGAUGCAUGGAAAAAAAUGAAAAAUCUCAAGAAUACUCUGAUGAAGACGAAUUUUGCUUUUUAGGUAUGCCUAAAAUGAAUUCGAAUUGAAUAAAUUCUUUUUUUUUUGUUAAGUCAUUGCUUGUGAAGGAUGGUGCCCUUGACUGAAUGUCCUUUAAAAAAAAUCAGUUUCUUUUAUCCCCACUCGGCUAUUUUGAUGUAGCUUUUUUUUUUCACGCGGAGAACAUCUCAACUUCGGCCAUUAUCCUCCGAUGCACCAGUAGCCAGGUGCAAUAAUUUUUGUUGUUAGUAAAGGUUACAGAUAUGCAAGUAUAUGUUACUAUAGUAUUGUGCUUAGCGUUAUAAUCCGGCAUUCUUUUUUUUUCCUUUUUCUAGGUCAUCUUAUUCACAAGACGAGAUUACUCCUCGUGACAAGUGGGAAAUUCUGCCUGAGCAAAUAGAGUUUGACGAAGAGCUGGGGAGAGGAGAAUUUGGUGUUGUUUACAAGGCAACCUUUAGAAAGAGUGACGAGAUGGAGGCGUUGGUCACUGAGACUUCAAAAUGGCCUGUAUCAACCAGGAGGCCGAAAGCACCACAGCUGGUGGCUGUCAAAGUUAUACAUGGUAAGAAAUACUGACUGUUAUCUCCAUAGACAAAGGCAUAAAGUCUUAACUACCUUUCAGUCCUUUUCAUACUACUCUAAGAACCCUUUUGGAUUUAAGUAACUCUUUGGGAACUUUAAGAUCUCAACGCAAUUUUAACAGAAAAAAAAACUCGACUCUUUUCGAAGAGGUGAUCGCAUGAUAUUAAAACAAAUCACACCACCUAAAGACAUUGCAUUUUUAAAAUCGGGAUUGUCUCUCGCUGGUGAAGAGCACGGCAAAGUUGGAAGUGCAAGUAAUUUGUGGUUUCUUUAUUCACUAUGCAAGUGUGAAAAAAAUAAUAAAGGCUGUUAAGUUCCAAAAAGUAGGUUUAAGCCUAUUAGCUCUAAACAAAUCGUCUCUUAAGAAUUUACAUUUCCCCAAAACCAAACAAAAAGUAAAUUGAUCUACAGAGCCUGAAUUAAAGCCAAUAAUGAAUAUAAAUUUUAGCAAUGCAGCCUUUAGUCAGUACAUGUAUCAAGGACACCCAACGUCAAUUUUCGGAAAAUAUCUGUUCGGAAGACGAUUUGAGAUCUACAAUUUUCGGAACAUUUAUUGUAAAAUUUUGUGCUUGCCUGCCUCUCCUAGGAUUUUCGAGCAUCUAAAAAAUGGUAUAAUUGCCCAUUUUUAACGGAUUUUUACCCUAAAAAGAUCACCUAGAAUUUUCGGGAGCCUUUUACCUGGCUGAAACUUUCGAAAAGGUAAGUUUUGAUCCCUAUAAUUUUCGGGUCACCAGACUUUCAGCUAGGAAAUCCGAACAGAUGAAAAAUUUUUAGGGGAUAAAAAUAUGCCAAUAUAUACUAUUUAAAUACUAAAAUACGUUUAACAAUGCUAUGUUUAAGUGGUUUUGAACUAUAUUCUCGUUGGGUGCCCCUGAUGUAUGGCAACUCUUUCUGACGACCCAUGUUGCCCAGUUUACACCGCAAGUCAUUUGAUAAUGAGGAGAAGGGAAAAAAAAUUAUUAAACUGAGCCACGACAUCACCAUGCUAAAGGCUAGACCCAGGGGAACUCUCUUAUAGAAGCCAUACAAGUGUGAGCGGGGCCGAAGGACAUGGUUGUUGACCCCUUACAUACAUACUUUAUUAGUAUUCCCCAGGAGGCUUUUCAAUACUAAACAGCAAAGAACAUUAUGAUAAAAAAUGAAUAAAAUUAAAAAAGCGGUCAUUAAUUAAAAUAAUUCUCUAGCAUGUGCGUUUUCAACUUCUUUUUAAAUGAUGGUAAAGAUAACUAUUUAAAGUCUUUGUCUAAAUUGUUCCAAAUGUUCACUGCUCUAUGGAGGAAAUGUCGCUGUCCUGACUUUGUCUUGCUUGGAGGAAUAUCAAGGGAUUCUCUGUUUCUAGUGUUAUGAUAGUGAAUAGACUUGCGUCUUCGGAGAGACUCACACAAAUAUGUGGGGGCUAGGCCCUUCAUGCACCUAAACGUCAUAACACUAUCUCUGUAGUGGAGAUUCUCAUUUACUCGUAGCCAUUUGAUCUCGCGUAACGCAGGUGUUAUGUGCUCAAAUUUCUUUGUUUUUUUUAAUGAUUGUGCACGCGAAAUUCUGAACAGCUUGAAGCUUCUUGAUGUUUGUGGCAGUUGUGUUUGACCAAACUGUAGAGCAAUAGAACAAUUUGCUUAGGAAUAGAGCGGAGAUGAUUGUGCACAGAGUGUCCCUAUCAAAACUGUUCUUUACCCUGUUUAUUUGACAAAGUUUGGUCAUGCAAGAUGAAGUAAGUUGAUGGAGGUUAAGUUGUUGUCUAGAAUUAUUCCGAGAUCCUUGGCACUGGAGACAGGUGUGAUCUCUUUCCCUAAGAAAGAGAUCAAGAUUUCGCUCGGAAGCCUGCGCAGUAGUUGUUGUGUUCCGACCAUAAGGAACUUGGUCUUUUUAGGGUUGAUUAGUAGUUGAUUUUUACAGCACCAGGCAGCCACUCGUCUUAAAUCUUCUUCAAGAACACGUUUUGCAGACUCGACAUCCUUGACUGGAAAGGAUAAGAAGAUCUUAGAGUCGUCUACGUAGGACUCGAGAUUGCAUACUUGUGGAGCAAGAGGAAGAUCACUGAUGUAAAUACAAAACAAAAGUGGUGACAGUAUGGCGCCCUGUGGUACGCCAUGGGUGAUAGGGAGGGCUGUAGAUGUAGAUGUGCCAAUACGGACCACCUGAGUUCUAUGAGACGGGUAACUCUCAAACCAUUUCUUGGUUUUGUCGGCGGCAACAAGGCUCAGCUUCUGUAAUAAUAUAGAAUGGCUAAUGCUGUCAAAAGCUUUUGAUAGAUCUAAUAGUAUAAAGGCUGACAGUCUCUUAUUGUCCAUAGCAUCUAAUAAGAAGUCGCUGAUCAUAAUAUUAAGAGUCUCUGUGGAGUGGUAUUUACGAUUACCACUUUGAUGUUCACUAAGGAGGCCGUUAUGUUGUAAAUAAUUGCUGAACUGUUGGAGUGCUACCUUCUCGCAGAUCUUUGAAGCAACGGCAAGCAUCGAAAGGGGGCGAUUAUUUGAUGGCUCCUCGUGAUCUCCGUCUUUCAGUAGUGGUAUGACCUCAGACGCUUUCCCGGAGUUUAGAAAGGUAGAAGUUGCGAAAGAACAGUUGAUGAUGUCCGUCAAAGGGCCAAAGAUAACAGGAAGGCAGUCUUUGAUGAUGCGCAUGCUGACUUUGUCGGGGCCAGGAGACUUAUCAGAAGGCAUAGAUGAUACAAUACGUUCGACCUGCGUGCAGGUAACAGGUGUGAAGUUGAAUAGUUCCUCGGAUGAGUUUCUGGUCAUUGGUGUUGAAAUAAGGUUUGUAUCUGAAAUAUUGAUGUUGUUGCCUACGGCCAACUGAGCAGCAGUUUGAGCAGCGUUUCUCCCAAAAGAGGAGAAAAAUUGGUUGAAAUCGUUAGCAACUAGCUCAGUAUCUCUACUAUAAACCGGAGUUUCUUUUUCUUUAGAUGGAAUACAAGUAUUGAUUAUUUUCCAUAGAGAUCCAGUGUUAUCUUUGUGUGAUCGGCAUUCUUAAGAAGUUGUUUUAGCCUUCCAGCGUUUCGGCUUUGUCGGUAACGACGAAAGAGCUGAUCUCUAAAGGUCAUCUGAUCCUUAAUUUCAGGUGUUACGUAAGGGCAGGGACGACUGCGAAUUCUGAUCGACUUAAAUGGUGCAUGAGCGUCCAGUGUGGAAAGAAAAGUGUCAUUAAACGUUGCGAGUUUGUAAUUUAUAUCUUCCUUUGAGAAAAUGGAAAGAAAUUUGUCUGACUUGGUUGCUAGGUCUGCGGUAAAUAGAUCGGGUUUAUAAUGCUUGUAACUCCUUGUUGAGAUAUAACAUGGUGGAGGUUUAGGGAGUUUCAGCUUUAACUACACGUAUACGGGUAAGUGAUCCGUAAUCGGAGUGUUAAUAACGCCACGCACGUGGACGAGGUCAGGAGAUGAGACUAAAAUAACAUCAAUCAGAGAUUCGCAGGUGUCUGUUAUCCUUGUUGGUGUUGUAAUUAUCUGCUUCUGGUUAGUCUCAGACAAAAAAUUAGACAAGGCUUUGCUCUCUAGGCUCUCCUUUAAGACGUUACAGUUAAGGUCACCUGAGACCACAAUGGGCUUGUUCAUGGUAAGUGCUUGAAUGUAACUCGGUUUCAGCAACUCUUCAAAACAGGAAAACAGACAAUCAGGCGGUCUGUAGGAUAUGGAAAUCACGACUGAUCGCAAUUUCCUGUAUUGCAGUUUUAGCCAGAACUGAUGGAAAUAAUUAUCAGAUAAAUGGGAAAUGUCCUUCAGUAGAGUGACUGUAAUGUGUUUGCGAAUAUAAACACAGACUCCCCCGCCGCGUUUACGUAACCGAUCCUGUCUGUAGAGCUUAUACCCGUCGAUGCUAACCUCAGAGUUGGUAAGGGACCUAAGAAACUAAGCAGCGGUCAUUCAACCGGCGCAUGCAAUCACAUGUGUGAAAUUGGGAAAAGAUUUCCACGAUUUCGGAAAAACAGAUAAAACGUGAAACAGGAUUAGGUUUUGCUCUGCCUUGUACCAGGUCUGUAUUUAUUAUUUGGCGCACCGGGUUUAUCUCAUUACCUUUGCCGAACAAAACUGCGUUUACACGUUAUCCGUGCGUUAUGCACGAUUGCAUUUGUUCCGUUCAUUUGUUCGCUUCGCUCCGCUUACAGACGGUAGCGAACGUCUUUUACAAGGUAAGAGGCAUGUGGGAAAGAAAGCUCUGCUAGCACACGGCACUUUAUCACACUUUUACGAUCUCAAAAGUUAAUCUGAAUCUUCAGUAAUUUUGCCUCAUCGAAAUUUUGAAGUCUGAAGUCCAGGGAUGAAAUCUAUCAAAAAUAUUUGCAAUAUUAACGUCGGGUUUUGGUCACAAUAAGAUCACAAGCAACGAACCUUGAAACACAGAAACUCACAAAACGGAUCGAAAUCCACAAAUCACAAACUAUGACCUUUUGAACCCGUCGAAGAAAACUUUCAUUUCCUAAGAGGUCCGCUAAGAUGAUUGGCGUCUGACGUUUUUUUGACGAGAGGAUCGAAAUGCACCAAUCAUAGAAAGACAGUUUUAAUUGCAUGUUUCCUAAGAGGUCAUCUGAAUUUGCUGUUUUCCUUAUUUUUUCCUUAUUUUGUGAUUGGUCGAUUUUGUUAGGUCGAGUGGAUAAUCCAAUGAGGGACGAUUUCGAUAUCGUUUGAUCCGAAAUUUUUCGACGCAGCAGUAAGAAGCAGUUUGGAUAACAUUUGGCUGCGGCGUUUCGAGGAACGUGUUAAUAUAUUGUUCAAUCAUGUUAUCCCGGGUUAAACUUACAAAUGCACACUCUGUUCGCGCCUCCUCCGGUUCGCGGUAGGCCCACACUAAAAAAUAAUACUGAGUGUUUUCGGAAUGGGCUGGUCCGCGAACUCAAAGAAAAACAAAGGAAAUUAUCAAGUCAUUCAAUAACAUCAAAGACUCAUGGACCCCACAGACGUAAUAACAAAUCUGAAUAUCAGGAGUGUAUGUGUAAAAUGGAUAAGAGUUUGAACAGAGGAAUGUUUAACAAGUUUGAGAGUCGCAAGAUUUGUGUAGCUGGUUAUCAGUGUGACAAUAGUGAUUUUCAUUUUUGCCUUGCGGAACACAACGAGUUGCCUGUGAUAAAAAUCUGUUCCGAUGAAGGAAGAGACGAUUGUCAACAAUUGAAACCAAAAGGGACUGAGGCUUCUUUUGGAACUACUGUGAUGACUGCAACACUUCUUUUUAUUAUUUCUAUGUUGUUUUGCAGGGUGACGGUUAAUGUACUUGUUUUUGUAUUGUAAGUUGUGUUUUUUCAUCCAAUUGUGUAUAUAGUGACGCGGUACAUGUAGGAUGCCGUGCGUCGGGAUUUUGCAUUAUCAGCAAGUUUUGUGUUAGAGUGUUUUGAUGGCAGCGAGGUGACAACAAGAGAAGGUAAUGAGCUAGUUGCACAGAAGCAAAAUUGUGUUCUGGAGGAAAUAAAAGAGGUUGAAUUGAGAUCUCGUCGUGGGAAAUUUAUUUAUAACAGAAUUUACAAUUCCAUUGGUUUAAAUCAGGUUAGUCAAUUAUAUUUUCGGCAAGACAAAUUACCAUAAAAUCGAGAUUGUAAUUCGAAACUCGCGUUGUUUUAAAAAUUUGCAUAAAUCGGGCGCUGCAAAGAAAUAUUUAGGUUACGAGCGCUUCGAAAUACUGUACCUUCAAAACGGCAUAGCUUUUACUUGUUGAGCUAUAUCUUUCAAAACCAUCGAUCGAUUCUAGCUCAAAAACUCUCAAAGCGGUGGUUUAAAUGAAAAAGCCCGUGGCUGGUUGAAAUCGUCUCUUAUUUGUUUUCAAACGAUUUAGGAUGGAUCGAAUCGACUUUGGAUCGAUUAUUAAUUUAUCAGCUUCUGGUAUGAACGAAACGUAUUUCUUCUCGAUAAAGUUCACUCAACAAAUUUAGAAAGAUUUACUUGACUUUUCACGUGUGGAACGAACUGACUUUUUUGUGGAACGAACUGAUUAUUUGAUGGCACGAUCUGACUUGGAAUGAUCUGACCACGGAACGAAAUGACCGGUUACCGUCACGCACCUAGCAGACUACCGAUGAACAAAUUAAAAUCUUUGUUACAGAAAACACGGAAAGUGACACUUUUUGUAUGGAAGAGUAUUCGGAAAAAUACACCAUUGUCAUCUUAAAUUCAUUGUUACGUUAAAAAUAGAAAAGGUUUACACUUAAACAGGUCUUAAGGGGCAACUCCAAAAAUAGUUCGUAAGCCAGGGAAGGUGUAUCUGUCGUCUAAGCAUCAAACCACAGGCGAUUUAGGUGGAAUUAGAUAUCCAAAUAGGCUUUUAAGUAAGAAUUUGCCCCUCCGUACAUGCAAUUAUCCAUUUUAUAGUGCUUACAACAGUUUGAAUCACCGGGUUAAUUUUGGCCAAUUUAAGCUUUGUAGUGAUAUAGAGAAGAAUCCAGGACCUUCAGUUUAUGUAGAUGCUGCAAAAACAAUUAAUGCUCCAUACUGUCAAGGAAAUGUUACAGUAUUUGGACAAAAUGCUGGACAACAAUGAGUCGCAAUGAGUCUGUGCGCUUUAAUUUACACUAAGAUAACAAAGAUUACUUCAGUUGAUGAUACGACUCAAAUAAUGAUUGUUGGUAUUCAAUUCACGUUCUAGUCUAGCACUGCUUGCAAGACAAUCUAUGUUAAUGUUAACAGAAUUGCCAGGAAUGGUUACAGUGUUUGAGCAAUUUUUCUACCUUGAAUACAGUGACAGUUAUACUUGUAACAUCCAUCACUACUGUCUAUGCCACUCACAGGGUACUGCAUUUGAAACACUCUUGACACUGAACUACAACUCAUUCAUUUUAACGGUGUCAAUUAUUGGUGUUGGUAUCUACAGCAUUUAGGCUGGGGGAUAUAAUGUAUUUGAUUCUCAUGAUAGAGAUAUGUAUCAUAACAGUCAUAGUGAAGGGACAUGUGUAUUGUUGGAAAUACCAUCCAUGCAUAAAUUAGUCCAAUAUUUUCAGACUCUACAUAGGAAUGAGGAUAUAUUUAUAUAUAUGAACUAAAAGGUGUACAUAUUGCCACCUUUGAACCUCAUCUUUUCUCAAGCAAUGUUGAACAUUGUAGUAUAUCAAAUGUUAAUAGUUAUCAAUGUUCCUGUAAACAGUGCUGCCCUUAUAGCAGUUUAUGCAAUGUGUUACUCUCUUAUUAAUCCUUGUGGAUACAGGACUUAGGGAACUUUAUUUACCCUUGUUAGUAACCGGAAUACACUGUACAAUGUGAUGGGUGUGAAAACACAUCUGUCAGUAUCAGUGGAGCUGAGAUAAACCUUACUCUCCGGGCUGUAACCACUUAUGUCCUAUGUUGCAAUUUGGCUCCAAGCAUGUCUGCAUUAAAGAUGUGCAUAUUUUCAAACAUUGUCAUGUAAUGACACUAAUUUUGUUGUGGAUUGGGACAUACUGUAUAAGCUGUGUGGUUCAGCAAACAAGUGGAGUAAAGGAUUUUUCUUCUCCGGUAAGAUAUGAUGACAGUUCUUUAGCUGCAAUAGGGCAUGUUCAAAGUAUCAUACCGUGGUACGACCACGCCCAAAUAUACGCUCCCACAGCGUCUUGUUUUAUUCUAUUUUAUUGUUGGUUUAUUAUUUAUUUAUUUAUUUUUCUAUCUAUCUAUCUAUCUAUUUUUUUUCAUUCGCCUUUUUAUGAACAGAGGUUUAGGUAGUGAGGGAAACCACUUUGUAACAUCACACCGCCACCCGAAUUUUCCAGGAGUUCCUCCCAGGGCUGCUGGGAGGGUGCAUGGAGUGGUAAACUAAAAAUAAUAACAGGUCAUUUUAUUUAAUUAUCUUUAGAUAAUCCAUCUGAAGUAGAGAAAGCAGAGUUCACGUUAGAGAUUGAACAGAUGAAGCUGUUGGGUUCACAUAAGAACGUUGUAUCCAUGGUUGGAUACUGCACGCUUCAGGAGAAAAUGUUCCUGGUUAUAGAAUACGUUCCGUGUGGUGACCUGCUGACGUGGCUACGCCGCAGAAGAAAAAAGGUAAGGAGAUGAACAAUUAUAUAAUUAGAUAAUAACGAAAUUAUCAAGAAACAUAUAUAGGGAGACAACAUUACGAAUAUAUUUUGGUACUAUCUGAAGAUUUUGUACAACUUAUUUGAGCAACUGCAGUUACUUCAAAAUUAUAAAAGCAUUUAAUGAUAAUACUAACGAUAAUAAUUAUUUGAUAUUUAUUAUUAUUAUUAUUAUUUUAAAAGUAUUUUAUUCUUGGGUGUAACAACAUAGGGAUGGUAUUAAAAUCCUCCUUACGAAUCUUAGUCCAUAAAACCUGGUGUGCCUCGAAUUAGGGGCCGUAAUCUAGUAUGGAGAUAAUAACUUUUUGACUCUAGGAUCGCUUGAAGCCAUGCAGACGUAAAGUACCGUUUUUGUGACUUGCUUGAUGUUUAGGUCAAAGAACUUCAAGCUACCGAGAAAUCUUAUGCUGACAAAGAGGUUCUGAAAGAUCAGAGAGAGACCAGAGAUCAUGUAGGCUUGUAUAUAAACUGUAGUUUAAGUUUCCAUACUAGCUCUGUCCUAAAACGUUUAUUAUCCAGACUGCUUGUUUGUUUAUGUCUGGUUGACCUAGCUAUCUAAUCUACCCAUCCGAUUGUUGUUGAAUGGUUUGCACGUAACGAAAUCAUAAUUCAAAAAAAAAGAAAUAUUUAUCCUUCUGAGUUUCAAUUUAGUGAACUGUUAGAGCAAUUGAUCAUGAACACGUGUAUUUCUAUAAAGUUUCAGAUCGAAAGGUUCUUUAUUUUGUGACAGAACACAUUUGGAUAUUCUAAUAUAUUGCGUGACGCGACGAUAAUGGGGCAAUAAAAUCUGUCACGAAACUGUAGGUUAAAGAGAAGCAUAUCCUUUUUUUUUUAGAUUUUGCUAUCUGAACAGUCCUUGUUUUUUGAAUAAGUAUUAAGUCUAAUGUUUAUGAGCUCUCCAGAGAUGAGUAUUCGCUUUAUGGCAAUGUUUCUGUUAGUUUCCGGCCGCCAUAUCUGUGUUCCUCAGAGGGAUUCCAACAUGGCUGGCGUCUCAAAACAAAGCUCUAUAAAUUUGGGUAACACAUUUCUCCGAAUACGUCGCAAACGAAAAAACCGCACAGACCUGAAUCUUAGCAAGACUUUUGCAUAUCCCUCAGUUUCCUGAAUUUAUUCAUUUCCACACAGGUCAGUAAACUUGGUAAGAAACAGAUAAAGCAAGCGGAGAAAAUACAA